AUGAACGACUGGCGUAACAAUGAAAUUGGUGCCUUCAUCAAUGCUGAUGAUAAAUUAAAACAAAACUCUGGCAUGGCAAAACCAAAAGGUUCAAAACGACAGUUUAGAAACAUACUUGAAUGCAAGAAUGCGUUUGAAAUACUUACAGUAGAGGAUGAUAGUGAACAUACUGAUAAUGACAAACAAGAAACUGUCGGGGAAGGUUUGAGUACCGGUACUCAAGGAGCUGAGGAGGAUGUCACUGUUGAAUGUAAUGUGAUCAAUGAACAAGAGCCUAACCGGAAAGACUCGGGUACACAGAUGAUAGAAGGUAAGCCAGAGUUACCAUGA